UGCUUACAAUUUAUAGUAAUUCGGUGUAUUUAAAGCAAUUUUUUUGGAAAAUCCCUCAUUUUUGGUUCUCUCAGUCUUAAGUCCUCCUCACGUGAACAUCCUCCAACGGAACAACCGGCCAUGGCUUCCCCGGCCAAACUCGAUGAAGAUCAGGUUCUGGUGGGACGUAAAUCAUCUGCCAGAGUUUUGACAUUGAACAGGCCAAAACAAUUAAAUGCUCUCUCUUAUUAUAUGGUAUCUAAGCUAUUGGAAAUAUUUCAUGACGACGAGGGAAAUCCUGAUGUUAAAUUGAUUAUCGUUAAGGGAAAUGGAAGGGCAUUUUGUGCUGGUGGUGAUGUUGCAGCCGUUGCUCGUGAUGCAAAAGGAGGUGAUUGGAGGUUUGGUGCAAAGUUUUUUGACACUGAAUAUAAAUUGAAUUAUUUGAUGGCAACAUAUAGUAAGCCUCAGGUUUCAAUUCUUAACGGAAUUGUCAUGGGAGGUGGCUCUGGUGCUUCUAUGCAUGGAAGAUUUCGGGUUGUUACAGAGAAAACCGUCUUUGCAAUGCCAGAAACAGCUUUGGGAUUAUUUCCUGAUGUAGGCGCCGCAUAUUUCUUGUCUAGAUUAGCUGGAUUUUUUGGUGAAUAUGUUGGUCUUACAGGUGCUAGGUUGGAUGGUGCAGAAUUGCUUGCUUGUGGUCUUGCAACACAUUUUGUCCCUUCAUCGAAACUACCGUUAUUGGAAGAAUCAUUAUGCAAGGUGGAAACUAGUGAUCCAGCUGUAGUAUCUGCAAUUAUUGAUAAGUACUCGGAGCAGGUUUCCUUAAAAGAGGAUAGUGUUUAUCACAGGAUGGAUGUAAUCAAUAAGUGUUUCUCUAGAAAAUCAAUGGAAGAAAUUUUAUCUUCUCUUGAGACCGAAGCUACGAGUAAGGCUGACAGUUGGAUUUCUACAACCCUUGAAACUUUGAAGAAAUCAUCUCCAACAAGCCUUAAAGUCUUUCUUAGAUUGAUUAGAGAAGUCAGGCUUCUAGGUGUUGGUGAUUGCCUUGUUCGCGAGUAUAGAAUUGUUUGUCAUAUCCUACAAGGACGCCACAGCAAAGAUUUCUUCGAGGGUUGUAGAGCUAUACUAAUAGACAAAGACAGGAAGCCAAAGUGGGAACCUUCCAAAUUGGAGCUUCUUAGUGACAGCGAUGUGGACAAAUACUUCUCUAAGCUUGAUGCCGAAUGGUGGAAAGAUUUGGAACUUCCCAAAAGGUUCAAAAACUUGCCUGCACAUGCUAUUUCCAAGCUUUAAGGCAUCAGCAAUCUCUCAUCUAUAAGCCCAAAAGUGUAGAAGCCAAGGAAUCACAGCAUUAAAUGGAUUCUUGAAGGUUGAGUAUAGCAUUGUGAAUUGCCACCCUGCAAUUUGAUUAUAUAUUUAUCGAUAUCAAGAAUAAAUAGUCAGAUUAAGUUAAUUGAUACCUAAGCAAACCAUGAUAAUUGAAUAAUGAGAAAAAUUAUAUAUUGAUAUAGAUUGAAGUGAAAAUUAGUUGGAUUUAAUCAAUGUUCCAUUCAUAUAUAGCAAUGCUCAUAAGAUUAUUACAUAUACAGCCAAUCUUGUUGUCUUUUGGAGAAAAUACAUUCACUCUUGUGGUCCAUGUGAGAUAUGUUGAGUACUUGAGUUGUUUCAUGUAUUAUAAUCGCUUAACAUUAGUUUGUGACAUGCAUUAUUUAUAAAUAUGUUUUAUAGUA